UCACGAAAUUCUCGUCAGUUUCGGCCGGCGUCUCUCCGUGCUCUGUACGAUUUCGACGUCUGCAACCGACUGGUUCAAUCAGAUUUCAAUCAUCUCACUACCGGGCGACUCGUGAGAGACUAUGAUAACACUGUAAGCCGACUUGGGACAAAGUUGAGCUGAAGUGCUGUGGGUUGUGCUCGCAGGGAUGGGAGCCGCUCCCUUCAUCUUGUUCGCCGCCGCUCUCCUCUGCGCGGCUGAACAACUUCCAGUCGAAGCAGCUAUUCCUAAUCGAGGACCUAUGCCUACCGAUGGACCCCGAUUUCUAUCGAAGGGCCAAAGCUACCGAGUUGUCAUCGGCGAUACAAUUCUUCUUCCGUGCUCUGUCACCGAUCUAGGAACUUACGUGGUGCUGUGGCGACGAGGUGUGUCGGUUUUGACCGCCGAUAGGAUGAUGGUGACCAGAGAUACGCGGUUCAAGCUGCAGGAGGGCUUCAACCUGCAGCUGAGCAACGUGAUGCCUCAGGACGCCGGCGACUAUGUCUGCCAGAUCGGUGAUGGCGACAACAGGGAUCAGAUACACACCGUCGAAAUUCUAGUGCCUCCAAGUAUCCGAGCUUCACCUGCCAGUGGACAGCUGACUGCAAGGAAAGGAGGAACUAUCACAUUGGAAUGCAAAGCUUCCGGAAAUCCUGUUCCAAGCAUAUCAUGGUCACGCAAGGGGAAAGCGAUGCCGAUCGGGGAGAAAGAAGGCUUCUCGAUCACCCUGGAGAAGGUGGACAGACACCAGGCCGGGGUGUACCAGUGCACGGCCACCAACGGGGUGGGGGAGCCCGUCACCGUUGACAUGCAGCUCGAUGUGCUCUAUCCCCCAGAGAUUGAAGUGGAAAAAAGCUGGGUGCACGCCGGAGAAGGUCAUGAAGCCCAGCUAGCAUGCACUGUGCAUGGAGAACCUCAGCCCAAUAUGCUUUGGUAUCAAGACAGCUUCCUUCUGGAUCCAACUAACAGGCGAUCGAUGGACACAAGGGGAAAUAAACAUAUGCUCACAAUACACAACGUGCAGAACUCUGAUUUCGGAAACUAUAGCUGUGUUGCUGAGAACUCGCUUGGAAGAGCAAAGAAAUAUAUCGAAUUGUCAGGGAGACCAAGUCCAGCUCAGUUUCACAGUGCUCCAUUCAGCAGAUCUCAUAGCAGUUACAACCUCUCUUGGCAGAUCGAAAGUUACCCACCGCUUGAAGAAGUCAGACUGCUCUACAGAAAAGUUAUGAUGAACGACACUUACCAGCAGCCAGGCAAGUGGCAUGACGUGACGCUGCAGCCGGUGAACACGGGCUCAUUCAGCCACGCCAUGUCCUACAACAUCAGACACCUCCAUGCCAACUCAGUCUACGAAGCUAUUAUUCAGGCCAAAAAUCGUUACGGAUGGAAUGAAGUGUCUGACCUCUAUCAAUUCUACACUCGAGGACCCGGUGAGGAUAUCUACGAUUAUCCAUCGGAGCCAAGUAUGGAGGACAUGACGCUGCUAGCUGCGGCCAGCUCUUGGAAGCUGAUGCACUCCUUGGCUAUUCUCAUCAUCAGUUUCCUGCUGUGCGUUUCAUAGGACAACAAUCGAAGUUAUAAAAUGGCUCUGAAUAAUGGAUCCCAGAAACGUCAUGCGUACUAAGUGGCUGAACUUAACUUUUGUGCAAAGAACUUUCCUUGAAAAUUGUCUGAAAAGUUGAGAGAAACAAAACAAAUUUGAACAUUGUGAUAAGCGUGUGAGUGUUGUACAAAGAAAAAUUUUAUUAGAUGAGUGAUUAUUGUAUUUGAUGAAGUUAUUACCUAUUUUCCUUCAAAAACUUUCAACCUUUCAUUUCCUUCCAAAUGCAAUUCACUUUUUGUAAAUAAAUCUGUAAAUAUAAAUGUGUAAUUAUAUAUUUUGUGUAUUUAACUAGCUGUAAUUGGCGUUCUUUUUCAUUGUAAAAUUGAAAUAAAUUGAUAUUUAGAUGGAA